AUGUCUUCUUCCACGGGAGAUGAAUUGGAAACUCUUCAAAAACAAUAUUUAUCACUCUAUCCACUAUAUUUACUUUCCAUACCACUUCCAAAGUUUCUGGUAGAGAUGCAAAAUCAACAUUAUCUGAUUGACGAGCUGCUGGGAGAGAGGUAUCAACCUGAAAAUGAAUAUAAGAGGAAAUUCUGGAGAAAAGUUUUGCAAGUCAUGGAAAUGGGUAUGAAAGAAGUUGAAGAAGAAGGAGAAGAUGAAAAUGAAAAUGAUCUGGAAAUCGACGAAAGGUUUUAUGAUGUAUUGACUGAAUUGAUGAUUGCAAAAGGGGGUCCAUCGACAUUCGAUAAACCUGCUUCAUCGUUCAGGACAUUCAUAUACAAUAUGCCUCAUUCUCAUCCUUUCGUUCAGCCCCAACGUCAACCUCAACGUCCAAGUACAAGUACAAGGGCGAGUCCGGAGAAUGAAAUAGGUAAAGGUAAAAUCACGCUGGUAGAAGAACAAAUCGCUAUUCAAGGUGGUACGACAGGGCUUCGAACGUGGACGGCAGCACUUCAUUUGGCUCAUCAUAUACUCCUUCAUCCGCAAUCAAUAUUCCAAGAUCCAACCACAAUCGACAGGGGCAUCAUCGAACUGGGAGCUGGAACUGGAUUUUUAUCUAUCUUAUUAUCUCAACUAGGUGUAAAUGUAAUAUCGACUGAUCUAGGCGAUGAGGCUCCCUCGGACGAUCAAGAUCAAGCUCGAGAAACUAAGGACGAAGACGUAGAAAAGGUCGAAACACACGUACAGUCGGAGAGUAUUACACCUCUAGCAAGGUUGAAAUCCAAUGUAUCAAGUGAAUCCCAGUUGAUGUGCAAGAUCAAACUAGAUGACCUCGAUGAGAUCCAGGUCAAAUCAUUAGAUUGGACAGAAGCUUCUUUGCACUCUCCUGAAAGACCUGAAAUAUGGGACACGCUAGAGAACGAAAGAAGGACAAUUAUAGCUGCUGAUGUUAUAUACGAUCCAAUACUCAUUCCGCCACUGGUGAAUACCAUUAAUCGUUUAAUAGGUGAUUCCAAAGCGGAAUGUAUCAUUUCAGCAACAGUCAGAAAUCAAACCACGUUUGAUGGUUUUGUGAAUACAUGCAAGCAACACAAUUUAUCGGUUAAAGAGAUUGAUGUACCUCCCAUGGACGAGAAGAACCCAACUUUCUGGGACUCAGCGUUGGAUAAAGGAACACAAGUAAAGAUAUUGAGGAUCACUAGAAGAACGUGA